AAAUUCUAGUCACUACUUUAUUCGGUGUUAUUUCAAAUUUGUUCUGUACAGUGACCGAAAAUGAAGCAAGUUGUCAUCUUUAGCGCGAUUCUUGUUGCUUUGACACAUUGUGUCAGUGCCGGUAAUGUUCCCUCGAAGGAUAUCGCGAGUCCCAGCAAGGGAAGACUUGCUCCAGUCGAAGGUGAACGUUUUAUACUCAGCCUGACGAGUAUGAACUGGUUUGCUGCCUAUGGUUUUUGUAAUCAGCAAAACGCCACACUUCUAUCACUGGAAUUAGGAAAAAGCGACAGUAAAAAAAAAGAGUUUAAAGCUUUUAUAAACUCAUACCAUCUCAAAGAUCAUGAGUACUGGCUACACGGUAGUCGGCUAGAAGACGAUGUAACCUUCCGUUGGGGUUUAGGUGGUCUGCCAAUUUCUUAUACCGAUUGGUCUACCGACCAGCCAGAUAACGCGGGUGGACAACAACGCUGCAUGAAAUUAUUUAAGACUAUCCUGUGGGACGACGAUGACUGUUUUUCUAAAUAUUACGCUGUUUGCCAAAAGUACUAAUUGUUGCUAACUUUUAUAGCUUUAUUCCUAGUUGGAAAUGUCUGUUUAAUUCUAAAUGGGGUUUAAAUACAUGAAUUGACUUUCUUAUUAAAAGCAUAUAUAUAAAUUAAAAA